UCCCUCCCACUGGCUUGUACAAGUUGGCUCAGAGCGAUAGCCUCCCGAGAGCCCUCAGACAAACCUAAGCUGGCGUGAGGUGUUAUUCUUUUUCCUGACAUCCACCAGAAAAACACUCUUGCAUUUAUUCAAGGACACUUUUAUCAGGAUUCUCUCUACAGCUCUGUGGACUUUUCAAGAGUUAAAAAAAAAAACUUCACUGAAGGGGAAUCUGUGGCUGACGGAUACUUGGACUUUUCCAAAGUGAUUGAAACUUUUUUCUUUCACAACAUGGCACUUUGGCAGAGCUCAGACAAGGAGCCAAGCAUCGAGUUGUUCAUUAAGGCUGGACACGACGGUGAGAACGUGGGGAACUGCCCCUUCUGCCAGAGGCUCUUCAUGGUGCUGUGGCUGAAAGGAGUCAAGUUUACAGUGACCACCGUUGACAUGAGGAAGAAACCUGCUGAGCUGAAGGACCUGGCCCCUGGGACUAACCCACCUUUCCUUCUCUACAAUGGCACCCUUAAGACAGACUUCAUAAAAAUCGAAGAGUUUCUUGAGCAAACACUGGCCCCUCCCAGGUACCCCCACCUCAGCCCGCUAAACAAAGAGUCCUUUGACGUGGGUGCCGACAUUUUUGCAAAGUUUUCUGCCUUCAUCAAGAACAGCCCAAACAACACCUUCCAGGAAAAAAACCUGCUCCGAGAGUUUAAACGUUUGGACGACUACCUGAACUCCCCCCUACCAGAGGAGAUAGACCACAACUCGGCAGAAACCAUCCUCGUCUCAAAGAGGAAGUUUCUGGAUGGUGACCGCCUCACCUUGGCGGAUUGCAACCUGCUGCCCAAGCUGCAUGUUAUCAGGAUUGCUGCCAAAAAGUACUGCGACUUUGACAUUCCCAGCCACUUCACGGGCGUUUGGAGAUACCUCCAAAAUGCUUAUGAGAGAGAGGAGUUCAAACAGACGUGUCCCGCCGACAUCGAGAUUGAGAAGGCUUACUUCACCGUGACCAAGAGGAAAUAAACCUUUCCUUCCAGUGUUAAUGCCCUAUUUUCACUAAGUGUAAGCUUGCAUUUAGACUAUUUCAUCUGUGAAAGGAGCUUCCAUCACCACAAUAAACUGUGGCAAUGAACCAGAAUAUUCCAUUUUAAGAAACCUUGAGAUGCUCUAAUAGUGCAUUUUAUUGGCCAUAUGUAUUGAUUGUAGUCACUCACAGACAAAGAAAGGCCAAAUGUGCAAUUGACUGUUGAUAAUAGGUUAGGUCUUUGUUUAUAGUGUAAAUAUAGAUGUUUUUGCUUGUUUUUACCAAUCGACACCUACACUGAAAUAUGUAUGAUUGCGUUAGUAAGAGCAGCAGCUGGAGAAACAGUUCAUUUCACUAAAAUGAUGUGCUACACUCCUGUAUUUUUAUAUGAUUAAGUUGAAUCACUUAUACGUUAAUAAAACUAUCACA